UCCAGCUCCAGUACCUGUUAGAGCGCCGGACGGCCGGGUGAUCAGAUUAGAGUUGUCAGGGCUCGUUAAUCUGACAGGGAGCGACACUGCCACUCACGCUGUUGCUGUUCGCCGCUCCCAUUCACAGGCGGAGGGGAGCGGACCACAUUUGGUGUUGACGCGCGUCGGGGAAUUUCCCCCCUUUUUUUUAACAAUGGAUACCUGCAGGGUACGAUCCUGGGUGUUUCUGGUCAUGUUAUGGCUGGACGGGUAUUUGGCAUCGCAGUUUCCGACACAGCUCAUGAUUAAAGAAUGGGUUGAUCAAAUGCAGAAGGAGCUUGUCACCCUGGCAGACACAGCCACAGCUGGGAAGAGCCUCACUGAGAUUUUUCUGCAAAACCAACACCUGUACACUGUGGAGCAAAACGACGCAGAAGAGCUGGUUGCCAGAGCAGCAACGAAAAUUGAACAGCUGCUGCGGAAGAGAUCUGCUGCUUUGGAGAAACUGGCCACAGCUGCUGAGAACUUCCAGAUGGAGCAUAACUGGAAGGACGAGUUUGAGGGCGAUGAAAUCUCCUAUUACAACGCAAAGGACAAUCUGGAUGCAAAUGAGACGGAGGGAAGGAAAUUCAGGAUUCGACCAGACUUUAAAGAGGACCUGUCAUUUAAACGUUUGACUGAUCACAACCACACGGCUGUCCACAUCCCGACUGACAUUUAUGAUGGCUCCACCAUUGUGCUGAAUGAGCUGAACUGGUCAGACGCCUUGGAGGACGUGUUCAGAAAAAACAGAGAGGAUGACCCGACCCUCCUCUGGCAGGUGUAUGGCAGCGCUACAGGCCUGGCUCGCUACUACCCAGCCUCUCCCUGGAUGGAUUCUCGCAAGACCCCCAGUAAAAUUGACCUGUAUGACGUACGCAGGAGACCAUGGUACAUUCAAGGAGCUGCCUCACCCAAAGAUAUGCUAAUCCUUGUGGAUGCAAGCGGGAGUGUGUCUGGCUUGACUCUCAAACUGAUCAGGACCUCCGUCAGUGAGAUGCUAGAGACCCUGUCUGAUGACGACUACGUCAAUGUAGUUUAUUUUAACACCAGGGUGAAUAAAACGGCGUGUUUCGAACAUCUGGUUCAAGCCAACGUAAGGAACAAGAAACUGCUGAAGGAUGCUGUUCAGAACAUCACAGCUAAAGGAAUAACAAACUACACAAAAGGCUUUGAGUUUGCUUUUGAGCAGCUCUCUACGACGAAUGUGAGCAGAGCAAACUGCAACAAGAUCAUCAUGCUGUUUACUGACGGAGGAGAGGAAAGAGCUCAGGCAAUACUGCAGAAGUACAAUGCUGACAAAAAGGUGAGGAUCUUCACUUUCUCAGUAGGACAACACAACUAUGAUAAAGGACCCAUUCAAUGGAUGGCCUGUUCCAACAAAGGUUACUUUUAUGAAAUUCCUUCCAUUGGAGCGAUCAGAAUAAACACACAGGAGUAUCUGGAUGUGCUGGGUAGACCAAUGGUUCUGGCUGACAAGCAGGCUAAACAGGUCCAGUGGACUAAUGUAUACCUUGAUGCUCUGGAGCUGGGUCUGGUCAUCACUGGAACUCUACCUGUCUUCAAUAAAACGAAGACCAAAGAUGACAGGAAUGGCGAGCACCAGAAUCAGUUGAUCCUUGGUGUGAUGGGGAUUGACGUGUCUCUUGGGGACAUCAAGAAGCUCACACCACGCUUCACAAUUGGUCCAAAUGGAUACUACUUUGCCAUUGAUCCAAAUGGAUAUGUCCUGCUGCACCCCAAUCUCCAGCCAAAGAAACGGAUUCGUAACAGGAAACUCAGGCUCACUAAUAAAUAUGCUGUCACUUUUCACGAGGAACCUGUUACCCUGGACUUUCUGGAUGCUGAACUGGAGAAUGACAUCAAAGUGGAGAUCAGAAAAAUGAUGAUUGAUGGUGAGACAGGCGAACGUACCAUUAACACUCUGGUAAAAACUCAAGAUGAGAGGUACAUCGAUCGAGGAGUUCGGACAUACACGUUUGGACCGGUCAAUGGAACAGAUUACAGCCUGGCUCUUGCUCUGCCUAAAUACAGUGAACACUUCAUUCAAGCAAAUCUGGGGGAUGACAAAUACAAAGCUAUGUCUUUGGAAACCAUACAGCAGGAGAGUUUUGAUGAGUAUGGUUACACCUACAUUGCUCCAAGGGGUUACUGCAAAGAGCUGAAGUUGUCACUCAACAACACCCAAUUUGUCCUCGACUUCAGCCAGUACAUUGAUAGGAACCCCCCUGAUGCAUGUAAUAUGUCCCUGGUGAACCGACUAAUUCUGGAUGCAGGUCUGACAGCUGGACUGGUUAAACUUUGGAACGAGCAGACAGUGGAUGGGAUAGUGGCCAGGUUUGUAGCCACAGAUGGAGGAAUCACAAGAGUCUAUCCAAGAAGUACUGGAGAAGAUUGGACUGAGAAUCCGGAGACAUACGAGUCCAGCUUCUACAAACGGACCCUGGACAAUGAAGUUUAUAUUUUCACGGCUCCAUACUUCCCUGAGGUAAGGGAGUCUGUUACUGAGUCAGGUAUUCUAGUGAGCAAAGCAGUGGACGUCACGAUUGGUGAAGUCACGCUCAAGCCAGCAGUGGUGGGUGUGAAACUCAAUGUCUCAUUCUGGAUGAACAGUUUCAUAAAUGCUACACUGAAACUGAAUUGCAAAGAUGAGAUCUGUGGCUGUCUCAGGAAUGACAAGCAUGUAGACUGUGUGAUCCUGGAUGAUGGAGGAUUUCUUCUGAUGUCAAACCAGGAGGAGUAUAUCACCCUGAUAGGUCAGUUCUUUGGAGAGGUUGAUCCUGUGCUAAUGAUAAACCUGGUCAACACCUCCCUGUACUCCUUCAACAAGACCUAUGACUAUCAGUCCGUCUGCGACCCAGAGAAAGACAGCAAGGCUGCAGCAGGACCCCGCUCCGUCUACGUGCCUACUAUUGUAGACCUGCUCAGUAUUGGCUGGUGGGCCUCCAAUGCUGCCUGGUCGAUACUUCAGCAGCUCUUCCUUGGUCUCAUGUUCCCGAACCUUCUAGAAGCAGCAGAGUCACCGGAUGAUGACAUACCAGAUGCCAUGUUUAAGGAAAGUUGCAUCACAGAGCAGACUCAGUACUUCUUUGACAAUGAAGAAAAAUCCUACUCAGGUGUACUGGACUGUGGAAACUGCUCCAGGAUGUAUCGUGCUGAGAAGCUACCAAACACAAACCUAGUGUUCCUGAUCACUGAUGCCAAGGCAACGUGUUUAUCCUGUGACCCCAGGCCCCUGCGACAGGCUGAACAACCCUCCGAAGGUCCUAAUCCAUGUGAGCUGGCUCAGAAUCCCAGAUACCGCAAAGGGCCUGACGUGUGUUUCGACAACAAUGAAAAUGAUGAGCCCUUGUGUCCAAUCAGCAGAAGUUCUUCCUUGAGCCCCAUACCUCUCAUGUUGUUUCUAGUGCUGAGUUCAGGGAAGAUGAUUCUGAUUGUGGAGGAGGGACCAGCCUGAGCCCAUGUCUUUGGCAAAUGCUUGGGCUCCAACUACUGAUGAUGUGGCUCAUCACAGCUUUUCAACACUCAUGACCCCUACACACACAAACACACAUAAUUAUCUCAUCCCACAAGAGGCAAGAAGACACUCCAGUUAUGCCAUGCCGGAUGUAUGCAGAAAAGUUGCAACAAGACAUUUUGCUUUAUAAGGACCGUAUCAUUUGUCCAAUGCCAAAGGGUGCUCAAUUAUUUCCUCCUUGUCAUUUCCAAAAAUAGAGACACAUUUACUGUGCUCAGCUGCACUCAUUUCCAUGAUAUACUCCUUAAUACUCUCUUAUGGUGCAAGAGUAAGAGCUAACCAAACCCUUUAAUUCUGCCUCUUUUGUUUCUUUGAUUUAUUUUGCGGAGGUUGAAGAGUCACUAUGCCAACUAAAUAUCCUUCAAAGACUGUAUGUUCACUGACAGCGUUGAUUUGUGUCGUUGUCAAUAUUGUUUGUUGCUUAUUUAUUGCGUAUGAAUCAUAAUGCUGUAAUGAUGAUUAUUUUAGGCCACCAGUGCAACUAUAUUCCUUUUUUGUUUAAGUGUUUUUAAAUGUAUUGUACUGAUAUAUUUAUGAAGGUUAGAUUUUUUAUACUCAAAAUCAACUAGCAUUACAUGACUAACUAGGUGUUGUAUUGUAGCAGCAUGUGCUCAGUACAGAGCUAAAGACAACACCAGUCCUCUGACACCAAAGCUCCACACAGUACCAAGGAUCACAGAUACACUACCCGACUACAGAGAAUCUGCAGGCUAGUUUAUUUAAAUGAGACCUCCGAUGAGGGUCUACAUCAGUAUUCAAGUUAUGAUGUUAGAUAGAUAGAUAUCUUGCAUACCUCGCUGAGACUAAAGUGAGAUCAUGUUAAUCAAAAAUAUAUUAGGAUAUUACAAUUUAAAAUGGGUUUGUCCUUGGUCUGACAGCUUUGGUUGUCUUCAAUUUGAACACAUCAAAUUCCCAGUGCCUACAUAGUAGCUCAAUCAGUGUGUUACUGAAUGAAACAAUGAAUCAGAGUUGUAUUAUCACCAUGUAGGCUUUUAUGCUAAUGCUGCUGCAGUUUAGUAGAAAAUGGUAGCCCUUGCAGUAAAAUGUUGUGAAAUGGGCCAAAUCAGCUGCAGUUGUUCUAAUUGAUGUGGCCCAGGCAGCAGCAGAAACAAGCAGGGAUUUUGAUUAAAGGAAGGGAUAUAAUUUUCCUUCAUGUUCAAAAUAAACCUAAACCAGACUUGAGCUUCGCAUUCCAACACCUCUCUUUAUUAGGCCUGUUCUGUUCCCUUUCUGGAUCACAUGACUCAGGAGCCAAAAUGACUUGUGAAUGAGAUCAGCAUAUUGAAAUGACUGUUUCCUUGUUUCCUUCUCCUUGCUGUUCUCCCCCUUAUGCUUGUUUCCUCUUUGUUUUGCUCUAUACAGUAAGUGCUGUGAAGCAGACGCUGAAGGCUCAGUGUUGAAAUGCUGCAAUGUCAUGGGAUGAGCUUGUUCUGUGUUUGAACGCUGUCUAUGCCUAUGAUCAGCAUGAGGGCCUGUUGGAGAGAACUUAGAGAAUACACUACUACCAGUGGUAAUUUUACAUUGCCUCACAUUACCAUACAGCAUUAAGAUCAAACUCAAGUUUUACUUUUUCAUUGUAGCUAUUUAAAAAAUGAAAGUAGAGUUCUCUCCACCUAGCCAUCAUGCGGACCCUGUUGAGUGUUCAGGUUAUGCCUGUCAAAGUUGCGUGUUGACAUGUGUUUUACCCCGGGGAUCCCGUGUCUAUGUGCAGGCAUGUGUGUGUCCCUCCAAUAUCUGAUUGUGCUUUAAUACUGUACAUGAAUUACUCCUUUUGUGGAACUUGACUAGCCUGAAUAACUUUUGUAUACAUUUGUACACUUAUACUAUUUACUGUAAAAAAGAGAAAAUGUAAGAAAAGAAAGAUGUUUAUAAUAUGGUGUUGAUUAUUGUGCAAAUAUAAUAUAUGCACAAUAAAAGUGUUGUAUUGUUAUGA